AGUUUGUCCUAAUGGAUGUCCCGUAGCGUAAUGUUCAUUGAAGCGGUUGAGGCUAAUGUGUUUGACGUUGAAAGCUAAAGCUAACUACAGUAAACGUGCAUUUUGCAAAAAAAAAAAGAAAACCUAACUACUCUGCUCUAAUGGAAAGUAGUAAUGCAAAAUACGUCUCUCAGAAAAUCAGUAAAGUCAGAUGGCGACCUGUAUCACGUUCGUCUCUUCAGCAACCCGAAAUCUUUGCGACUGGCUCUUGGGAUAACGAGCACAACACAGUUUCUAUUUGGACUAUUGGAAAUAAUGGAUUUUCUUCUAUGGAAGAGGGAGUCGACAUAGACCCAAAGCUACUGUGUGAACAUAAGCAUGAGGGAGAUGUUCUUGAUCUUCAAUUUCUAGACCAAGACAGAUUCAUCACAGCAUCAUCAACCGGAGGCGUUACCAUAUUCCGCUACAACCAUAACAAUCAGGUACUAUCCGUUUUACGCCAGUGGGCAGAAGCACAUCAUUACCCUUGCAACAAUGCCCCGUGUACUAGUGUGGCGUGCAGCAGCCCCGAGAUUGUUUCUGUAGGUGAAGACGGCAGGAUUAUUGUCUACAGAGCUGACCAGGAAGCAAUCAGUCGUAUCAUAGAGAAUGCAGAUAGCAGCACAAUUCAUGCUGUGACUUACUUGAGAACAACUGAGAUCCUGACGGUCAAUUCCAUCGGCCAACUCAAGAUGUGGGAUUUCAGGCAACAGAGCAACUCCCCAUCGCAGAUUUUUUCCAUGUCAGGAGAUCUAGUCCCCCUGAACUGUGUGGACACACAUCCAAACCAGCAGCACAUUGUGGCCACGGGAGGCCAGAAUGGAAUGCUCUAUGUUUGGGAUGUCAGGCAAAGCAACACGCCUUUGUCACUCAUGGAGGCGCACUCGGCUGAAAUGUGGGAAGUCCAUUUCCAUCCAAUGAACCCUGAUCAUCUGUUCACGUGCUCAGAGGACGGAUCACUGCUUCACUGGGAGACAUCAGCUUCAGACAUGCCAACCUUCUUGCAAGGUGCUAGAAACAACAGCAUUGUGUCGCGCAGUGCGACGGCCCCAGCUGGGGGCAACCAGUCCCUCAUUGACGCAUGGCUCAGCGGAGACUCAAGUAAAGGGCGUCUGGAGACAACUCACAUGCUGCCCAGCCAAACGCUGUCCGUCAACAGUUUGGAUGUACUUGGACAGUGUCUCGUGUGCGGGACUGAUGGAGAGGCUAUUUUUGUAAACAGACAGGUCCCAGUUUAGAGGCUUUGCAAAUCAGAUCAUGUUGAUGUUGAAUCACAAUGCAUAUUCAUUUGUAAAAUUCCGUGAUGCUUCCUGAAGUCUUUGUUAAUCAUUCCAAGCUGAAUAUUUUACAUAUUUUUGUAUAAAUGCCAAUUCAAUAAAUUUUGAACUGAAUAAAUCAA